UCAGUGGGCACUUAAAACGUCAUUUAUGAUGAAAUAAACAAAAAAAAAACGCUCGGCAGAUCCAUGAAAAAAUAAAUAUUGCAAAACUGAAUUUAAAGUCUCCUUCGAAAUUCACAGGCAUAUUGGUGAUCAUACCAAAAUAUUAUACAAGUCAACGAAAUAGAAGAUGGAUGGGUGGACAUUGCUUUACAAAACGGUCGACAGGGCCAUCGAUUCAAAGUCCGAUGUUUUGGUAGCCGUCGUGCAUUGGCAGUUAUUACGAGUUGGCAUGAAGUGCAUUGGAAUCGGGGACGAUAAAACGUUGUCAAAUUCAGACCAAGAAUCGGAACUAUUACCUGACGGAUGGAACAUAAACAAAGUCUCGUACGCUCUACGGUAUAAAUACAACAACGAAGUUUUCGUUCUUCUCGGAACGGUGUUGGAGGACUCUAUUGUGUUCAAUCUUUUGAAUGGAAAGUCAUUGGAAGUGUCCAACGCAUCUUUCGUUUUGGAUGCAACUGUUGCUUCACUAAAAGGACAGCUCAGUGCUUUAGUACCGGAUAUCGAGCCCGUCAUAAGUCGUUUACAAAAGGAGCUUUUCGAACCAGUACUCUCCACGAACAAGAAAACGUCAGAGACUCAAACUGCCCGACCUGUACAGCCGAAUGUACCGUUAUCCCGUUACCCCGAACCACCUUAUGGUCUUUUAGCAGACAGGUCACAGUCACAAUCCAGCAUAUUGCGCGAUUUACGCGACAUCGGAAGAAAUGAUCUUGAUCCAUUGGGAGGUCGAUUUGGCAGUGGCGGUGGUAUGCUUUUCAAUCCACCAGGCUUGCGACAUCCACAAAAUUUCAUGCCCGGAAUGCCCGGAGCUCUGCCUGGUGCUCGAUUCGAUCCGAUGAAUCCACCGGAAGUUGAGCGACAGCGACAGAAUAGUAGAGACUUUGAUCAUUUUCGUCCACCGGGCGGAGGAUCAAGUUUUUAUGAUGAUAUGUUCAUGUAGAUGCUUGCCAUCCGAUUACGGAGAAAUGGAUUGAAUCGAUCGAUCAACAAUAAAAUUUGGAUUAUGAAAUCGUAAA